AUGUACCACAGAAUGGAACUGACCCGGAAGCUCCUAGCUGGAUGCCUUCUCCUGACUGUGUGUGUGAUGAUCAGCUCUGGCCAACACUGGUCCUAUGGCCUUCGCCCAGGAGGGAAAAGGGAUGCUGAGACCUUGAUCGAUUCAUUCCAAGAGAUGGGCAGUGAAGGCAACCAGCUGGCAGAGCCACAGCGUUUGGAAUGCGCCAUUCACCAGCCACGUUCACCACUCCGGGAUCUAAAGGGGGCUUUGGCCAGCCUGAUUGAAGGAGAAGCUGGGAGGAAGAAGGCUUAA